CACAGAAAAAAAGCCGUGAUCUGUCACUUAGGCUCCUCUCUCUCGCCCGCCCAGGCCUGCCGAGGAGAGGAGUACGACGGCGGCGUUGAGACAGACUCCGCAGAAGCGGAGGACAUUGACAUCAGCGAGAUCCCAGAAGAGGACUUCCUGUGCGCUCACUCCACCGCUGCAGGAUAUUAUUCAUGGAGGAACCAGGUCCGGGGCUCGAUUUUCAUCAGAAGGCUGUGUGAAAUGUUAGAUCAACACGGCAGGGAUCUGGACCUCGCUAGGAUCCUGACACGGGUCAGUCACUGGGUGGCCCUCAGGUUUGAAUCUGACACAGGUGCCUGGUUGUCUCAUGGGAAAAAACAGAUGCCAUGCAUCAUCUCCAGGCUGACAAGAGACCUUUACUUCAGCGAAUAAAUCACCACUGAAUGUAAUUCUUCCUGCCGGACAUGCCUAAAGGAAACCAGAUUGGAUUUAACACAAUUUAUAUGGACGAGGAAUCAUGUAGGGAUUUUUUAAAGGUUACAGCUACACGCAUUGAAAAAGCGCUUUUCUCUUUUUUUAGUUCUAUCAUAUCCAUCAUAUUUCUCUUCUGUACAGUAUCUACAGGAUCGAAAUAUUCUGCAUAUAGUCUUUCCAUGACCUCAUAUGUUUUUUUUUUUUAUGACUGUUAGUUGUAUUGCAUCUUUAAAGACAAAAUAUUCCUUUCUUAAAAACGUUUGAAAUUACAGCAGGGAUUGUAAAUAGUUCAAGUUUAAACCGCUAUUGUGUGUUUACAACUGGAUUUCUUUCUUAACUAAAAUAUCCUGAAAAAUAAAAUAUUAAAAUACUUACACUAUAAAGUACAUGAAAAC